AUGAAAUUUGUCGACGGCCCAUCUUCCUCGGCUUGGGACAGUCGUCCUAUAUAUGAUGCCUUAGGAAAAUGGGUAAUUCUCUAUUUGAACGACCACAAAUUUUAUUGGGCCUACGGUGACGGCGGAGAACCUACAGAGUUUUGGCGUCGAAAGAAUAUUCGGUGGGGUAUUUACCGAGGCCUUGUCGACACUUGGUCCCGCGAUUAUCAUAUUUACGAGGCCGAUAUCGAUUUUGAUGAGGCGGAGAGUACACUGGGCUCAGGCAACGUCUGGGCGUUCAAUUGGGACGAGUACAAUGAAUACGGCACCUUCAUCAAAGAUAAUAACGCGAAUUUUAUGUACGCCCGUGGCCCGUGA